CGUUCUACAGAGAGCCUUUGCAGCCAGACCACAUCGUCGCCUACGCGCUUUACAGAUGGGCGUCUGGCGAGACAUACGAGAGCAGGACCUGCAGCUUGGAAUUGGCAGGGCUUCGGGUUUGGUGGCCGUCCGGGACGUCACAGCUGCGCUGCUUUCGGUGUACAGGGAGAAGGUGGCGUGGCCGACUGGGGUGCGGAAGGCGGUUGUUCUGCGUGCUUUUGCAGAUAAGGGUUUCCCGAACUGUCAUGGGUGCAUCGAUUGCACCCAUAUCUACAUCGACAAGCCGGUGAAAGCGGCUCCAGAAGACUACUACGAUCGCAAGAGACGAUUCUUUGUCGUCGCUCAAGUUGUGGUGGAUUUGGACUUGCGCGUCCUCGAUGUGUUCGUGGGUUAUCCGGGGAGCUGCCACGACGUCAGGGUCAUCCAUCUGUCCAGUCUUUGGUCGCGUGCGGCGGCGGGCGAGUUGUUCAAAGGGCCUCCUGUGUUGCUGCCGUUCCAAGUGCAGACCAAUGGUUAUCUGGUGGCCGACAAUGGUUACCCGUCGAGCGAAUGGAUGGUUGUCCCCUAUGGCGGCACGGCGUAGACUCCGUUCGAGGCCCGUUUCGACAACAAAUAGAAGGCGGCGAG